GCCACCAUAAAUUAAUUGUGACUUUUUUUCGUGACUUUUUUUCUGUGACUUUUUUUCCUGUAACUUUAUUACCGGCCACCCCUUUAAGGAAAUAGCAAAUUCAACAGGACUUGAGAAAAAUGUGGAUAAGACCAAUACAAUGAUCAAGCGGUUAAAGAGUCGACCAGUGGUGAAGAGGAUAAAAGUAAAAUCAUGUAGUUCUUCACAAAUGGAGAGAAGAAAGGAAUAAUUUUACACUUAUCAUGCAAGCAUGAUAUAGUAUCUGCUAUAAUGGGGGAUACUGGAGUGAACGGACUCUUAGAUAUGAUAGACAAUAAUGGUGUUAAUGGUGAGGUGGUUGUUGUUGUGGAGGGGAUGGAAAUGGAAGAUGAAGCUGUUAUGGUUUACACAUCAGAAACUGGAACUACCGUUUACAGAAAUUUCUCUUGUCAAACAGAUUUUACAACACAUAUUGGAGCGAGUAUCCCUGUUCUCUUCUGUGGAUUGUUUUCUCCAUCUUGUGAUGCUGAAACACAAUGUGACAUUCCUCCUCUGAAAGUGAAUGUUUCUGUUUGUACAUAUGGUAGUAAAAAGGUUAAUUCAGCAAUAAGAUGUGCAACUGAGAAAAUAAGAAAAUAUCCCCUUGCUAGUCCUGUUGAACCCAAAGAGUCUGUCAAGGAAAAAACUGAUCUUCAGCAACAAACUAUUGAGGAAGUGAUACGUAAGGUGCCAGCCGUUGAUGGUAAUGAUAGCGACAUUUCAUUGUUUAACAGUGACACUGAUACGUGUAUAUUGUUUAACAGUGACACUGAUAUAAAGGAGAUGGCUGAAUGUGCUGCUGCAGUUUCUACACAAUAUACACAACAUUCACAUCUGAAACAAAGAAAACAGAAGAAGCCACGCAAAGAUGAUGAUUUUAAUUGGGGAAUUGAUACUGGCUCUUGUGGUGAAGCAAAAAAGAAGCCAAGAAAGAGAACAAAGAAGCCAAAGGCUGACGAAAAUUUUAAUGGUGUAAUAUUUGACCCCAGAAAAGGUAGCAGUAAAAAAAAGGACAUUCGUGAAACAUGUGAUAAAAAUUCCCCCACUGAAAAUUUUGACCGGGCUCUCGUACCUUUUAAAUAUAGAGAGAAGACGGGUAAGAACAGUGAGCUGGGAACACGAGAUGUAAUAGUUAGUAAGGAGGAGGACCAGACAGAAGAAUGUUAUAGUGAUUGGAUUACUGAUGAUGAAGUUGAUGAUGAUGAAAGUGAUUCUGGAAAACCUGCGUUUAAUCAAGGUAACCGCACGUGUUCACAUUGUACGUUGACAUUUAACUCGCCCUUGUUACUUCUAGAACAUUUAGAAGGUAAUCAUGCAGCCCAUGUUUGUAGUAUAUGUGGGUUUACAACUACACUUAAGCAUAGAUUAAAAAGGCAUAUAGUGAAACAUUCAAAGGAAAGAGCAUUUGUGUGUGAUAUUUGUGGUAAGCAGUACUCUCACAAGCAAUAUUUAAGGGGACAUAUUUCUCGUGCACAUAGUGAUUAUGACCAUGGGAACAGAUACCCAUUUAACUGUCGGCAUUGCAAAAGACUUUAUCACAGUGAGGCAAACUUGAUCAGACAUCAAAAACAAGAAAGUGGCCCCUGUGAAGUUUGUGGAGUUAUGUUAAAAUGCAGUGGUCUUUUGUGGCAUCAUAAGAGGGACCAUUUUUCUCAGUGUGAGAUAUGCAAAAAAGGAUUUCAGUCUAGGAAUACAUUACUCUUGCAUAAAAGUACAACGCAUAAAAAAAAAACUAUUCAGUGUCCAAUCUGCCCAAAGAAAUUUGCCUUUCAAUCUUAUUUGAAUACUCACCUUGCAAAUGCCCAUAAAGAGGGUUCCCUGCAAUAUAAAUGUCCUGAUUGUAGUUUUUGUACUAGAUCAAAGUCUUACCUAACAUCUCAUCAGAGUAGAAUGCAUAAGCGUCCACUGAAAUUCUACUCUUGUGGCUUCUGUAAAAAAGAUUUUAGGAGCAAUUCUCGUCUAGUAGAACAUACACGUAUUCACACAGGUGAGAGACCUUUUUCAUGUCCUGUGUGCUGCAAAACAUUUUAUUCUCAGAGUAACCUCUAUGCACAUGAAAGGUCUGUUCAUAACAGACUAACAAAUUAUGGCUCAAGAGAUGCAGAAAGUCGACAAGACGCAGCCACGAUGCGUCGUAAGAUUUCAAGUUGUUACGAAUGUCAUCUUUGCGAUUCAACAUUUCCAACACUCAAGAAACUCAAGUAUCAUUUAUUUAGAGAUCACAAAAUAGAUGAUGAUGCACAAAAGGGGGACAAUGUCGAACAGGAACGAGUGGUAGAAAUGAAUGAAGCUGGGAUGGUGCCGGUACAAAUGGAAGCAAAUACCAAAGAUCUCUUGCCUGAAGACUUUGAACCAACCGUAAAGGAAAAUGACACACUAUAUGCCAUUCCUCCAAGUGAUGAGGGAGUUGUGAGUAGGGUAACCUUACCCAUGCCAGCUUAUGUUGUACCUCCAAAUGUUAACUUUGUAGAGAUUGAUGGUGUUCAGUACCAUGUUGUAAGAAGUAAUCAGUGAAAUGUUAUAGGCACUUUUUUUACCAUUACUGUGAAUAUUGAUUUAGCUACUCUUCUUUUUAACUGAUUCAAGAAAUAUGUUUUAGAAGUAGCUAUUCUUUUUUAAAUAAUACCUGUGGCUAUACUGCAUUAUGAGAGAGACUUAAUGACAGUUUUGCCCUUUUUAAAAAGGAAAUCCACCUUCUGCUGUUGAUAUCUCAUGUAUUGUCCUUUAAGGUUCUUUUCAAUCAUCACCCAUAGUAUCAGUCUGACUAUGUAUACAGUACAGUAUUGAUUUUAUUAAUUACAGUACCUACAGUAUA